AUGCCUAUUGGCAACAUUUACGUGAUCGCUGCUACUUCGGUAGUAGGCGGUGCACUCUUUGGCUUCGAUAUUUCCUCUAUUUCUGCCCAGCUGGGAGAGAACUCGUACAAAUGUUACUUCAACCAAGGUCCUAAAGGUCCCCCAUUCAACGACGAUUUGGACUGCAGUGGUCCAACGUCGCUGAACCAGGGCGGUAUCACUGCUAGUAUGGCUGCUGGUUCGUGGCUGGGAGCUCUGUGCUCUGGUAUUCUCAGCGAUCGUCUUGGAAGAAAGUACUCUAUCAUGGUUGGUUGCAUCAUCUGGACAAUCGGUUCUAUCAUUUCCUGCGCAUCGCAAAACAUCGGAAUGCUAGUCGUCGGCCGUGUCAUCAACGGUUUAGCCGUCGGUAUCGAAUCCGCCCAAGUCCCCGUCUACAUCGCCGAAAUCUCUCCCCCCUCCAAACGCGGCCGCUUCAUCGGUAUGCAGCAAUGGGCCAUCACCUGGGGCAUCCUGAUCAUGUACUACAUAUCCUACGGCAGCGCCAACAUCGGCGGCCGCACCUCAGCCGACUACUCAACCGCCGCAUUCCGUGUUCCCUGGGGUCUGCAGAUGGUUCCCGGUAUCUUCCUCUUCUUCAUGAUGAUGCUUCUUCCCGAGUCGCCCAGAUGGCUAGCCAGAAAGGAUCGUUGGGAUGAGUGCCAUGCUGUACUUACGCUUGUGCAUGGACAUGGAGACCCGGAUCAUCCCUUUGUGGCUCUUGAGUUGCAGGAUAUCAAGGAGAUGUGUGCUUUUGAGGCCUCGAUUGCUGAUGUUACGUAUCUUGAUCUCUUCAAGCCCAACAUGCUGAACCGGACUAUUAUUGGAGUCUUUACUCAGAUCUGGUCUCAGCUUACUGGCAUGAACGUCAUGAUGUACUACAUCUCCUACGUUUUUUCCAUGGCGGGUUAUUCAGGCAACGCCAACCUUCUCGCCUCUUCUAUCCAAUACAUCAUCAACGUCCUCAUGACGAUCCCCGCUCUUCUCUGGAUGGACAAAUGGGGACGUCGUCCAACCUUCCUCAUCGGCGCUGCUCUCAUGUGUACAUGGAUGUUUGCUAACGCAGGAAUUCUUGCUGCUCACGGCACAAUCAUCCCCAAAGAUGAGCGUGAUUCACCUCAAGUAUCUAUGAGUGUCGGAGGAGGUGCUGCAAAGGGUCUCAUCGCCUGCACAUACCUCUUCGUCGCUUCCUACGCUCCAACAUGGGGUCCUGCCUCCUGGACAUACCCUCCCGAGCUGUUCCCUCUUCGUCUUCGAGGAAAGGGUGUCGCUUUCGCCACUUCAUCCAACUGGGCUUUUAACACUGCUCUUGGUCUUUUCACACCCGUUGCUUUUGAGAACAUUACGUGGAAGAGUUACAUCAUUUUUGGUGUUUUCAACGUCGCCAUGUUUAUUCACGUCUUCUUCAUGUUUCCAGAGACAGCUGGAAAGACACUUGAGGAGACUGCUCAUAUAUUUGAGGACCCUAAGGGUAUCAAAUAUAUUGGAACUCCAGCUUGGAAGACUCGUGUUGCGACUCACUCUACAACCAAGGCUGAGAAGGGCGAUGUUGAGGCUAAGCUGAGUCACACCACACACGAGCAGGCUACUGGACGUGCUUCGCCGCCAGUAGAGAAGUAG